AUGCCGCUUAUAUACGCCCUCAUCGCGAGGGGUAACGUAGUGCUAUGUGAGCACGCAGACAGCGAAGGCAACUUCCCCACUGUCACACGCCUUCUCCUCUGCCGGCUCCCAACAGACAAGCAGCGCAUGUCCUACAUCUACGACAGAUAUGUCUUCCACUACAUUGUGUGCGAAGGACUUACAUUUUUAACGAUGGCCGAUGAUAGCGCAGGGUUUGCGCUGCCAUUCGAAUUCUUAGAGGCGGUCAAACAACAGUUUUUCCCCGAGCAUCGCGAAGCAGCAAAGACCGGCAUUGCGCUGUCUCUACAGGGCAACUUUGGGCCUACCCUUAAAACCAUGCUUGACUCGUUCAACUCCCACCAGACUCUUGAUGACUUCAGACAAAUCCGCACUCAGAUUGACGGGAUCCACUCAGUGAUGAUCGACAGCAUCGACAAGAUUCUUCAGCGCGGAGAGAGGAUAGAUCUGCUGGUGGAUCAGUCGGAGCAGCUGAACCAGGAGGCUGUGACGUUCCGACGGCAGGCCCGCCGCCUGAAAAACGCCCUUUGGUGGCGUAACGUGCGAAUCAUUGCUAUGAUCGUCGGCAUUAUAUCUAUGCUUUGCGUAAUCAUUGGAAUGGUUUCCUGUGGCGGGGUUACCUUCCCGUCCUGCAGGGGCUCCUAA